AUGGCAUGUUCUUAACCUUCUGAAAUUUUACUUGUAAUUGGAAUUGAUGAAAUUACAGACGAAUCAUUCGAAAAAUUAAAAUCUAAUUCAAUUUCUAACGAACUCACAGGAGAUUAUGAUUUAUUUAAAUUAUAACCUGAAAAUUCAACCUUACAAUAGGAGAGCAGUUACCUUCUCAAAUACGAGAUACAACCUUCAAAUUUAAUCAUGGAUAUUUAUAAUAAUAGGAUUGGAAAUCAAAUUACUUAUAACGAUUAUGACAUUGUUAGCUAAGUAAAUUAGUCUCUAAUCAAAGACAAUUCUUAUAAAACAUUGAUGAAUUCUAUAAGGAGAAUGAUGAUUAAUAGAUUAAGUUUGCUCGACAAAACAAGUCAACUUCAUCUACAACGAAUCUAAUCUAAAUUAAAUUAUUUUGACACUGCAGUUACAUUCACUCUCUCCAAUAUGAAAUAUAAUACAAAAUAUUCUUUUGGGUAUUACUGUAAAAAUUUAAAUGGAAAUACAUCAGAAAUUUCAACAAACUUUCAAUAUAUAGCUAAUGAAACUUCAAUGAAUAAUAAAACAGUGAGUAAAAUGUUAUCAUUAAAAUUUAAGUAAAAAAUAUCCUCUUAGUAAGAAAAUACUAUUCUUUGUGCCUUAGCAUAAUAUUUAUCAAUUAACUAUUAUUAAGUGCUAUCUAGAGAAUGCAAAUAAUGUAGAUUUUCAAAUAUUCAUUAUGAUAAAAUAAAUUACACAUAAUAUUUACAAUUAAUUCAAGAUUUUGUUCCAUUUGAAAAUAGAUCUGCGACAGAAAAAUAAAAAUAUUUAGAUAAUUUGUAUACAAUGAAAAUUUAUUUUAAUAACUAUCCUUCCUCAAAUGGUUAAAACUUUGAUAUUACAUAAAAGAUUGACAAAUCAAUGAAUUUAACAAAUGAAACAAUGUUAAGUAUUAUUAAUGUCACAGAUGAUUUCUCACUUACCUUUAAUUAUGAAAGCUUUUUGUAUUAAGAAUUGAAACCAACAAAAAGAUCUAAUGUUGAAUUAGCAACAUAAUUAGUUCUACUAAAUUAUGAAUUCAAAACUAUUAGUUUGGAUAUUACAAUAAAGGCUAAUCAAGAUGUUCUUGGAAUUGUAGGAUUGCAUGUAUAAAUGUAAUUCAUAUUUUUAGAAAAUUGAACCAAUUUUUGAAAAUGUAAUUAAACAUCCUACUGGCAUCAUGCUUAGAAGAGGCAUUUUAAGUACUUUCAGCAAUAUAUCCGAAGGAGUCUAAUUUGCAGAAUUAGCAAAAAAUGAAAAUACAACUUUGACAUUUAAGGAUUUGAUAGACGGCGAAAAGUAUGAUUGUAUAAUUAAGUAGGUAUUUAAUUUAUUACUCAUCCACUGAUUUGAUAAAUGACUGUUUAACAAAAUAAUAUUAAGAAACAGUUGUCCAAUAAAUAACUUUUGUUAGUUAAUAACAAAGUCAGGAAUCCAUUUUGCAUAUAAAUAUCGCUUUAAUACUACUUGUUAUUUUCUGCAUAAAAUGA